GGUCCAGAACUGGAAAGAGGACGGUCUCCAUCUCCAUCUCCAUCUCCAAUAUGCGCAUCAAAGCUCGCUAGAACAAUCAGGAAAAAGAUCAGAGAUUCAGAAUCUGUAAAAGGUUCAAAUUGACAAAUUGAAUGGCAUCGGCGAUCCCACAACCACUAAUCCGUCAACAAGCGUCGAGAACCAGGUUCCUCAAAUUCCGGAACCCAAAGAACCUUAUAGUCCUGGAGAAAUGCAGCAGCAACAGCAGCAAGAAUGAGUGUAUUAUUACUUGUAGACUCGCCAUUCUCGAUCAUCAUCUGUCUUCUCCUCUGCGUCAUACUCUUUCGCUUCGCUCUAGUGUUCUUCUACCUCAUAUUCCUCUUCGCUCUCUGCUCCAACCUCGUUUACAUCCUCUUCGAUCUCCUCUCUUCCACCCCAUGACUACCCAAUCUGCCACCGAUGCCUCUCCAUCGUCCUCCACCAAAACGGUGAGGGUUUCGAUUAAGGGGAGAGUUCAGGGUGUGUUUUAUCGGAACUGGACAAUAGAGAAUGCCACGCAAUUGGGUUUGAAGGGUUGGGUUCGCAACAGGAGGGAUGGCUCCGUGGAAGCUCUCUUCUCAGGGGACCCUGAUAAGGUUCAGGAGAUGGAGCGGCGGUGCAGGCGUGGCCCACCUGAUGCCCUGGUUACUGGGUUCGAGGUUUCUCCUUGCAGUGAAGAUCCUGGCACUGGAUUUGAGCGCAGACCAACUGUUUGAUCAUUCUAUAUCAAGAGGUUUAUCUUAACCAUCUUACUAUGUUGCUAUGUAUAGUUUUAUUGUUCCGGAUAUGAAUUACUUGCGACCUUUCAAUCCUCUAUACAGAUUACUAUUGCGCCAUAUGACUUGGAGAUUUUCAAAUCUUUAGACAUAUUAUCUAUCUUGUAUUCCAUGAUUGUAUAGUGAAAUGAUAUAGUCCUAUGCAGUUUCUAUGUGCUUUUGUUCC